UUAUUAUAUUUUCAAUUAUGUUUAGGGUGCGCAGAAGUGUGUGGAGUGUUCCGCAAGAAUAACUCAACUCGAUCGGUAAGGAUCGCGUCUCCUUUUCAGAUCCAUUAAUAUCAUCACAUCAAAUAUUAGCCAAAGCUGCAUCUACCAACCAACGAUGGGGUGGGUCUGGAACAACACUCACGACGACGAUGACAAUUCCACUCGUAUUUCCUCCUCCGCCGGUGACGUUGGGGAAUUCCGCCGCUCCUCAAACCCUUAUGGGAACGAGAGUAACUGCGCUACGCGGAAGGUCGUGAGCUCGCAGUGCCGAACGGAGGAAGUAGAACCUGGGAAAUUCAUUCGCAAGUGUGAGAAAACGGAGCAGGUCUUCAAAGAUUGCCUCGGAAGGUCAAGUGAGAUGAUACAAUCUAACAAAGAGUACACCGAGGAGGAUGUGACGGACCAAAUGACAAAAGGCUCAUUUCCGUUUGAGUCAGGCGAGCAUGGGCCAUGGAACUUCCCUGGAUUGCGCAAUGAUAUUGAUGCCAUCGAGCGCAAUAUAAUUGAUGGUAUUGACCGAUUUUUUCAAGCAGCUGAAGAUAUGAAGAGUGAGUUCUUCAACUCAGUCAGGUUUCCACAUGUUUACGACAAAGGCAACAACCGUGGUAUCUUCGUGGAAGAUUCCCCUCCUAAGGAAGCUUUGGGUAAGGAGAAAUCUGGUGGGGAUGUUGUUGAUUUAUCUGGGUUGGCCAGAGAUGUCUGAGUUAAUAUAUCCUUAUUUACUACAGGGAGAAGGAGCGAUAGGGUAGGUAGUUUAAUUCACAUUAUUAUACCAAGUUAAGAAGAAUGAAAUGAACAUGCAUGUGUGUGGGGAAUGAAGUUGAGUUCUGAUCUUGUCUUGAUAAUGGUUUUGCUGGUGAUGGUGAUGGUGAUGGUGCUCUUUUUAAUAUAUGAUUUUAAUAUUUAGAUUGAAAAGAAAAACUAAUAGUAUCACAGUGGAGUAGUAUUUUUGAAAGAGAAGCAAAUAGAAAAAAAAAAAAAAAUAUAUAUAUAUAUAUACUACUU